AUGCUUUUCGCCAAGGUAUGUCUUGCCCUUGCGCUUUUGAUGGGCGCUGAAGGGUAUUCCGCAGGUGCCCCAGAAAGCGCCUGCAAGGAUAUGAUCCCAAGACACCCUGUUGAGGCGCAAAAGCGCCCAGCUCCGUAUACUAUCACCACCAGUACUAAGGUUGUCAAAGCAGGCACACCAAUGCAAGUUACCAUCUCAGGCAAGACUGCAUCUGAUACCAUCCGUGGUAUAAUGCUGCAGGCCAGAUCAGGCGAAGAUAAACCAGUCGGCGUCUUCACUGUUUCCCCCAGCGACCCCCUUGCUAGACUCAUGAAGUGCGACAACAAAGGGGAUACCAUCACACACAAGAAACACGACGCAAAAGAUGACAAACAGACUGUCACCUUCACUUGGACUCCGCCAGCUGAUUUCAACGACGUUGUUAAAUUCAGGGCAACUAUUGCUUUGAAUGGCGCAGUAUUUUGGGUCGGUGUUGAAUCCGCCCCCGUCAAAGUUACCGCCUAA